GGAUAGAAAAAAAAAAAAAUCCUCACAAAACAAGACAUACUGCAUAGUGGUGCGUAAUAUGAGGUGAUAAGGAAGAAUUAAGUGAAAUAAGAAUAAUGUGAGUAUCAGGAACAUUUCAAUGACAUUACAGCAACAAAGAUUUGCAAGGUAUGCAUGCAUGCUGCGCUUCUUAAUCUGAAAAGAAAAUAUAUGAAAGAACUAUGUUCCAUGGAUGUAGGAGGAAGUAAGUAUUAAAUGUGUCAUAUGUUUCCGGUGAAUUCAGUGAAUGUUUCCAAUGCAGUUAUUCAAAGCAAACAUUGUGAAUGAAAUUUGCCCGUGAGUGACAAUACCAGUACUCUCCGGUAAGGUCAUCUGGAGUUUAUGCUUUGCCAUGCAAAACAAACAAACAAACAAAUAAACAUAUUACUGAGACACAACUGAGGUGUCCCUUUGCCAGUAAGACAUAUAAAUGCAUAUAAAAAUGUUUGCAAAACGAUAGAUAAAAUUUGAGUUAAAGUGGUUCUUCAUGCCCUAUGGCUAAACAUUUACUGUGUAGGCUGCUGCUUCUCCGUCAGGUUUCUUUAUCACAGCACGGUAAAUGAGCUAAUUGGUGAAAUCAUCUAGAGAACAAAUAAAUGGUAGGGCUUUUACUUUCUGAAGCCCAGUUUGCUAUCUUAGUCUAUCUAUGUCAAGUGGCUUUCAAUCUGAAGUAGUAGGCCUAUUGAGGCCUUUUUAACAGACAGGCGACUUAUCGGUGAAAGCUGGACUGAACUUCAGAGCUUAGUGUUGAAGACCACUGCAGACUGCAGGUCACCACAAGCUGAAUUUGCACGGAACAGAGAGUGUGAUGGUGGUCGGAGAAAGGAAAUGGCCCAAGCGAGAGUGCCUCUGUUUGACGAGAAACACCUCUGUGUGAAGAAGAAUUAUCAUUAUCUCAUAAGUGUAGACAUUCAUAAGGUCGUGGUGGCCAUCUUUCAACAACACCCUCUUAAAUUAGGGUAAACAAAAGCACAUGCUUAGGGUGAGGACUUCAGAGCAAGCUGGUGCAAAUGGUCAUUAUCUCCAGGUUUGAGACGUCAAAGAUUUAAAAAAGUAAUUGUUACAAUAUUUGACAUACAGUAGGCCUACAUACUGUUGCAUCUUUUUUUUUUCCUCUUCAAAAAAUAGGCUACACAAACUAGUUUCAAUUGAACUCUUGUGUGGUGAUUUGUAGAUAUAUUUUUAAAUAUGAAGUGACCAUUUAGUAUUUAUGAAAAAAAAAACAUCUCGGAAACCCCUGGAGUACCACUAGAUAGAGUCCGCAUACCACCAGCUCAGAUUGAGAACCACUGUUGUUGAAAAUAGAGCAGGGUUUUUCAAAGCGUGUGCCGGGGGACCCUGGGUUGCCGUGACACAUGCUCAGGGGUGAUGCGGAAUAGUCCAAGGCUUGAUCAUUUAUUGACAUAUUUUUUAAAGGAAAUAAGCCUUAAUAUCAAUUUUAAAAUGCAGUUGUGAUAGAGAUACAGAUGUUUUAUGCACUUUAGUUGAAGGCCUAUUCCUGAUACUUCUGUUCAUAUUCUGUUCACUAUUUUCAUUCGUUUUAUUCGUUCAUUUGAAUAAAACUAAAAUGAGAUCAACCUCACUUUCACAUAGUAAUGCUAUGAUUAAAAAAGCAGUUAUGGCCUAUCCAACAUAUCACAAGGGUAAAUAAAGUGGCUUGGAAGUACAAAUAAUUCUCAAAGGAGGUUGAGAGUAAAAAGUGCAAAAAUAGGGGUACUGUGGAUGGGUACUAUGGGUGCCGUCAGCCAGAAACCAACUUUAAAUGCAGUUUCUUUUCCCCCCCUAUGUACAAAACCAGUGUUUCAAUAGGCUCCCACUAACCACGAGAAAUGUGAAGGUAAAGAAUCAUGUAGAAGUGAGAUUAGACAAGAGCAUCAGUUUCAUUAUGACAGGCACACUCCUAACCAAGAUUGAGGUAUGGCUACUCUAGCUGUGUGUGUGUGUGUGUGUGUGUGUGUCCGUCAGGAGAGGAAAGAGAAACUGAGGCAGUUCCUCCUCUGUCAACUCCCCUCUGCUAGAGCACACACCCACUUCACCCUCCAACACACACACGCACACACAGUCCACCAUCUCACACGCUGACUAGAUUCCUCUUUGGACUUCCCUCCUCACUCUAGCAUCCAGCAUCAUCCCCACUGGACGACCGACACCGGAUCUGACUCCUUGACCGUUUGUCCGCACGUCUCUGUAAGCCAGUCGGACUCCUCUGGUCUGGUCUGAGUAUGAGCAGAGGCAUCUGUAUUGUGGCGCCACUGAUGAAAAUGUUCGGUCAAGUGUCUGGGAAACAAGACUGUGGCCAGUGCUACCAGGUCGAUAUCAGCAUUGUGGUGGCCCUCAUUUCCUGUGACAUCCUCCUGACGGUCCUGAUCGCCCUCUCUGUCUACUGCUGCGUGUCCCGUCAGAGGAGAAGAACUGUUCUGCAUCCACAGCCAAGCGAUGCAGGUAAAGGUAAACAGCUCACUUCUUCAAAAAAGACCAAAAAACCCGAAGUCACAGAGUCGCCAUACCAGGAGCUGUAUGGCGUCCAGUCAGACAUUUACAAUGAUCUGAGACAGUAUCGGAAAUGACUCUUCUUCUUCUGUGCAAUCCUGAAGACGUUCUCACUGGAAGAUUGUUUUAAGACAAAGAGAUGGAACACCCUGGAUGUUGAGUCAAUGUGGCACCUUGUAAAUAGUAUUUAUUUGUCGACUUGAAGUAGAGCAGGGUCUGCUAUCAGCCCCCUUGUCACUUUUAACUCAUUAAUAACCAGCCUCCACUUUCAUAGCUUGGAGGGCUACACAGAGCACUAAACAGUCUGCAGAAAGUUAUUUUGGCAGAGCUAAUUAAAGUUUUCACUUGCUUACCUAAUGUAUUCUUUUGUACAGUUUGUAUACAAUUUGUAAUUUUGUUCAAUAAACUACAAAUAUUGUUUGAAAUAAUGUAAUGUAGUCCAAGUGAUCGCAUAUAUUUUGUCCGUGUGUUUAUAUCAUAUUAUAUUAUAUAAACAAAAUAAACUGUUAUUUCAGUC